AUGAAGACUCAAUCGGAGGCGGCGCCGGCGGAUCUGCACCGGCUGCUGAUCGCCUCGAACCGAGUGAGGAAUUUGAAUCUCAUCGGAGAAUGCCUUCGACUCGAGGUCACGGCCGUUCUCUACAGAUACGACAGCGACACGCUGCAGUCCAUCCUCGAUCAGGUGGGGAAGCGACUGAAUGGGGUGAAGGUGGAAAGUGUGGCUUUCCUCAUGCACGGCACCGAAAAUGGAGUCUAUCUCACUGGACCCAAGAGCAAAGUGCUGAACAUGGACACGGUGAUGGAGGACGAGGAGACGCGGGAGUUCUUCAAGAGCCUGGUGACCCGCCACGUGGCUCGGAACAGACUGGGCUCUCGCCUGGACUUCCUCGCCUGCCCCAUCGCGCUCGAGAGGGACGGGGGACUGCUCGCAAGGGAGAUGGAGAUCCUGCUUGACGUUACGGUGGGGAUGUCCAAGGAUUUGUUCGGGGCGGACAUUCAGGUGUCGAAGCCGUACCCGGAUAAGGACUCGCCGAUGACGGUCGGUGAGCUCUAUUUCCACGUGAAGAAACUUAAGGAUCAGCUGAAACAGGCGGCGAGGGUCACCACUAUGGGCGCGAAGGUCAAGGACCUCUCUCGCUAUGAACGGAUCCGCCAAGUCGGCAAAGGUGCAUUCGGAACGGCUGUACUGUACCGACGGAUGGACGACGACACCCAGGUCGUCAUCAAAGAGAUCAACAUGCACGACCUAUCGGCCAGCGAACGGCAUCUGGCCCUGAACGAGAUCCAGGUCCUCGCGCUCCUGGAUCACCCGAACAUCAUCCGGUACCUGGACAGCUUCGAGCGGGACGGGGUCCUCAUGAUCGAGAUGGAAUACGCGGACAACGGGACGCUGGCGUCGUGGCUGGCGCAGCUCACCCGACGGCUGGAGGAGCGGGAGAUACUCGUCGUAUUCCAUCAGAUCGUCUCGGCGAUCAGGCACAUUCACCAGCACAACAUCUUGCACAGAGAUCUCAAGACGGCCAACAUCUUUCUCACGAAGAAUGGGAUCGUGAAGGUCGGGGAUUUUGGGAUCUCGAAGAUGCUGACGACGAGGCAGGGCGGUGCCAACACCGUCCUCGGGACUCCUUAUUACAUCAGUCCCGAAAUGUGCGAGGAGAAGCAGUACGACGAAAAAUCCGACAUCUGGGCCUUGGGCUGCAUCCUGUACGAGAUGGCCUGUCUGCACAAGACCUUUGAAGGAUCCAAUCUCCCUGCCCUUGUCAACAAAAUUAUGAAGGGUCAGUUCGCGCCGAUUCGAGGGAAUUAUUCGCCCCUGUUCAAGCAAUUGGUCCGGGAUCUCCUGCAAAGGGAGCCGGAAUUCCGACCGACUGCAGCUGAGAUCCUCUACACGAGGAUGCCGGAACUCUUGAUCUCGUUCGACCAGAACGAACUGGACCGAUUUGAUUCCACUAGCGAUCCCGAAUUCAGAAAUGCUCUUGCUGCAGUCCAACUAAACGUCAGGUCAGUGUUGUAUUACAUAAAGGCGUAUCAAAAUCAGCUUCAUCUGGAGCCGAUACGAUUGCCACCGAGGUCGAGAAUCAACCAAGUCUGCGUCGCCACCACCCACAUCGUCGCCUUGACUGCUGAAUUGUUGGUAUUCACGUGGGGAGAGGGGAAACGAGGUCAGUUGGGUCAUGAGAUGUUGGAAAACUGGCGAGCCGAGCCGACCUGUGUGGAGUCGCUCAAGGGCAAGGCCAUCACCAAGAUUGGAGCUGGAGAUGGGUUCAGUAUCUUUGCCAGUGACAACGGGAUCGCGAUGAGUUGUGGGGAUGGGACUUCAGGAUGCCUCGGUCACGGUGACUGGAAUUCCUCCUCAAAGCCCAAACUCAUCGAGCAACUGCUGAGCGUAGACGUGAACGCCGUGGCGUGUGGGAACAAGCACGUGGUCAUCGUCGGGUCGGAGGGGGAUGUCUACUCGUGGGGGAAGGGAGAGGGCGGGAGGCUCGGUCUCGGCCACGAGGAUGACUGUCAGUCUCCGACGCCGGUGACAGUGCCACCCGACGUUCAGAUCCAAAGCGUGAGAUGCGGCGGGGACGGGACCAUCUUCCUCACGGAACGGGGGAUCAUGUUUGCUUGCGGCAAUAACGCACGGAACAAGCUUGGCCUCAACCCACCUACUCCUCUCAUCUCUCUCAGGAAGCAGAAUGAAAAAGAGAAAGCCUUGGUCCCCACACCGUGUGCCAGCGUCCAGGCCCGUGUCGUCGACGUUGCCAUGAGUUCCUACCACACCGCCGUCCUGACGGAAACAGGAACUCUUGUGACCUUCGGCAGGAACUCCGACGGUCAACUGGGUCGAGGUCAUUCCAGGCCGACCACGUCUCCGGGAUCCGUCAAGGGAAUGUCCGACAAAGUCGUCACGAUGAUAGCGUGUGGAGCUACAUUCACAGUGGUGGGUACCCUGGAAAACACCCUUUACAUGUGGGGAACACGAUACGUGAGUCCCAACAGUCGACCCAGCACCCAGGAUGCAUUUGAGUCAACGUUUGGUAUGAAUCGAGGGGAAUCCUCGUCGCGACCCUCGUCCGAGUCCUCCACUUCUUCCCUGCUCAAGAACGUACCAGAAGUGGCAUACUCGGGAGGAUCUCAACGGGGAAGCCUGUUCAACGAGGACAUCAUACUCAGAGACGUCGUCCUGGACCCGCAGGAGAUCCUCGCGUAG